AUGGCUGCACUGCAGUAUCAGGAAGGUAGGUGAAAUAUUAUAUCUCAAUAUCAAUUCUCCAAUAUAUGAGAAAACAGCGUUUCUACCAAGCCGAUUGUACAAACUCGUCUUUUUCCAACAGAACUGUUUGAACAAACAGGACAGUUUGAACCCCUGACAACUCGGCUUCGAAAUAUACUCCGAGAGUACAAAGAUGGCGUGGGAAUUUUCAAAGAGCUGAUCCAAAAUGCGGAUGAUGCAGGGGCUACUACAGUCAAGUUUUUGGUGGAUUGGAGAAAUGGUCACACAGAUAGCUUAUUCUCUCCUGGCAUGGCCGAAUGUCAAGGUCCAGCCUUAUGGGCUUACAAUAAUGCUGUGUUUACUGACGAAGAUUUUGAAAAUAUCAAUAAGCUAGCUGGAGAAACGAAAGUUGAAGAUAUUUCAAAAAUUGGUCGGUUUGGGCUUGGUUUUAACGCUGUCUAUCACCUCACUGAUGUGCCGAGUUUUAUCAGUCGAGAGCAGUUGGUCAUCUUCGAUCCGAAUAUUCACCAUUUGAAACGUCACAUUAAGGACAGAUCCCGUCCUGGAAUUCAUAUUAACCUUGCUACGAAACCAGAGUCCUUAACACGAUACCACGACCAGUUUCAACCGUAUGAUGGUGUCUUUGGUUGCAACGCUAUGCAAACAUGUGAUGGCUUCCACUAUGACGGGACAUUAUUCCGAUUUCCAUUCCGCACGGCUUCCCAAGCAAGUAGUAGUGAUAUCUGCAAAACUGCUUAUGGUCGAGAUAAGAUUGAAGCUAUUGUUAGUAGCCUUUGUGAAUGUGCUUCGACUUUGUUGAUCUUUUCACAACAUAUCAAGGAAGUGGACGUCUAUGAAUUGGAUGGAUUGAGUCAACCUGAUGAAAUGCAGUUGGUGUUAUCUGUAAGCAAACCAAGUGUUCAGCCCUUCAGACGACAAGUGGUGAACAACGAAGAACCUUUUAUUAAGCAGUGCUCAAAGUGGUGGGCAAAGUACCGUGAAUCUCAAAUGCCCAGCCCUGAAUUCCCAUCUGGCUGUGAGCUUGUUAACAUUGUCACCACGAAGGAACCGUCAGAGUUGAGUCGAUGUGAUCGUAGAUACAGCAGUGAUCAAAUGUGGUUUGUAGUGUCAGCAAGUGGGACUGAUGCUUCCCUCAAAAUUGCUCGCUCACCCGAAGGGCGAGCCCGUGGCUUCUUACCCUGUGGCGGGGCAGCGUUUGUUAUCCAGAAAGCGUGCGGGAAAAGUUCCCAGGAAUCACGAGUUAGUUCAGAUGUCUCUGGAGAGUUGUUUUGUUUUCUUCCGUUGUCUAUUCCCACAGGACUUCCUGUGCAUAUGAAUGGCUACUUUGCUAUCAUGCCUAAUCGUGUUGAAAUUUGGAAACGAACGAUUUUGCGGAGUCAACCCAUCGAGGUGGAAUGGAAUGAAGCACUUAUGGUAGACGCAUUAGCCAGAGCUUAUAUCAUGCUUCUUGAAAACAUGAAAGAAUGGAUUGACAUGGUUCAGGAUUACAAAUUCCACACUUUGUGGCCGAGCAAUGACGUCGUUGAUAUGAAAUCCUGGGAAAAGAUGGUCCAGAAAGUCUGCAUUGCAUUGUUGCAUCCGAAGUCUAAUCUAUUUUACAGCGAUGGAAUAUGGAUGAGUAUCACCGAUGGUUUCUUACUGAACAACGAUUUUAACGAGAUCUACGAGACCACAGUGGAAGUAUUAAGAUCACUGGGGAUACAUGUUUUUAACCUACCCGGUAACAUUUUGCAAACCUUGAUGAAGUUCGACCGACAAGGCAUCUUGCAACGACGUACUUUAACCUUUACAGUGUUUGUGAAACAAUAUUUCUUUCCAAAAAUCAGAACCCUGACUCCGAUUCAGCGAGAUGCUAUCGUUUGCUUUGGUUUGGAUCGUAUCUUGAAGGGUAAUCUGUCAUCUCUCAUCCCACAUACCAAAGAGAGCAGUUUGUUCCAACAAAAUGCCUGUAUUUCAGUGUCAGAAGAUGGAGGAAUCCUUGCAAAACCUAGUGAACUUAUCCAUCCUUUCGGUCCUGCAGCAGAGUUGUUUAACGAAGACGAUCACCGUUUUCCAAUUGGACAUGGCCUCCGUGAUGCGAACCGGCUGUAUAUUUUGGAAACACUUGGUAUGGUCAAGGAUCUGGAUUGGACAGGAAUCCACGAAAGAGCUCGGUCGAUCGCUCAGACUGGUUUUCUUGCAGAAACGGAACGUUCUCGAAAAUUAAUCGAAUACCUCAAUAAGCGUAUAGAUCAACUACCGAAGCCGGGUUAUUAUCGCAGUCUUCUUCAACAGGAAAAAUUCUUGCCAGUGUUAGAAAGGCCUGUGUGUGAAUACCUUCUACCUUGGAAAGGAUCGUCAGGGUUGCCUUUCACGCGUUUUUGUGCGCCAAACGACGUUUUCUUGCCAAAGGAAGCUAAGCUGAUCGGGUCAUCCUGUCGUAUUGUAAACACAUCUGAAAAAAGUGGUUGUGGAAAGCUGAAUGCUGAAGUAAAAAAUCUCUUGGGAUUUUCGAACUGUUGGCCUGCAGACAAGUUAGUGAUUCAACAGUUAGACGAAGCAGUUAAGUUUUGGAGCAAGUUAACUGAGGAAGAAAAACAAGAUACGAGGAAAACGUUUAUCGAAUCAGUCUGCCAAAAAAUUUACGAAUUCUUUAAUGAUAGAAUUAAAAAGCAAGCAAUAAAUCAAAGUUUCUUGAACGAGCUGGGCAAGCGAGAUUGGUUGUUUCUUGAAUGCAAAUUUAGGCAAAGCAAGAAAGUCGCUUUUACGUCUAACGGAAACGGAGCUCCAUAUUUAUUUACCUUACCCUCCAACUACAAAAGAGACUAUCCACAACUUUUCGAAGCAAUGCAAAUCAAACAGAAAUUUGAUGAUGAAGACUACAUCAAUGCUCUUUAUGAACUAGAAAACACAAAGCAAGGAGAUACCUUGACAGAAGAUGAAUUAGAGAUUGCAACAUUUUUCAUCGGUCAAAUAAAUGUCCAACAUUCCGAUGUGGAGGAUUACAUUGGCCAAAUUCCACUACCAGACACCGACAGUAUCUUGCGCCGAAGCGAAGAUGUUGUUGUAAAUUUAAGUUUGUGGCUUGAAGACCCAGAUAACAACCUAAAAGUCCACGAGAAGAUACCACCGCAAACGGCACAUGCUCUUGGCGCGAAAUCGUUGAAAAAUGUCAUAUUAAAGAAACAUUCGCAUCGCAUUGGUUAUGGAGAGUCGUUUGGACAGCACGAGGAGUUAACUGUCCGACUGAAUGGAAUUCUAGAUGGAUAUCCUCCUGACGGAAUACUGAAGGAACUCGUACAAAACGCCGACGAUGCUGAAGCCUCAGAGAUACAUUUCAUACACGAUACUCGGUCUCUGGGAUGUGAAAAAGUAGCGAUUGAAAACAAAACAUGCGAAGAAAUACAAGGACCGGCGCUGUGUGUGUACAAUGACAAACCAUUUACCGACGACGAUCUCAAGGGAAUUAAGAAGCUUGGCACUGGAAGCAAACGAGAUAACAUUGAAACGACUGGGAGGUAUGGAAUUGGUUUCAAUUCAGUGUACCACCUUACGAACUGUCCAAGCUUCCUAUCGAAUAAUGAUACCCUAGUGAUGCUUGAUCCCCAUCGUCGUUAUGUCCUAGAUGAAGAUCCUGGCAAAUUAUUGAAGCUCACUGCAAAACUCCGGGAUGAUUUCUCAGAUACACUCAAUGGAUAUCUUGGUGACCAUUUUACUUUACAAGGCUCGACAAUGUUCCGUUUUCCACUGAGACGAAAAGGACAUAUAUCUGAGAUAUCUAAAUUAUUCCCUGACAUGAAGGAACUAAUGGAGACAUUUCGAACUGAAGCCCGGAAGUCGUUGUUAUUUUUAAAUCAUGUGAAGAAGAUAACUCUGUCGAAAAUUCAUCCGAAUGGCAAGUUUGAAGAAAUAUAUCAGGUCGAGACCGUUAUUACUUCGGAGGAUGAAAAGAAGCGUCAGGGACUGGCACGCAAGAUUUGUAAGCUGAAUAGCACUCCAACUGCAGAAAUAGGGUGGGAGGGAGUCAGCUACACCCUAAAAAUUAUGGAGAAGAAGAAAGAAGUCGAGAAAUGGUUGGUACAGAAGUGCAUUGGAUCUAUCUUCACUACAAAGAAACACGGUGAAAUCCCCGAUGGUCGUGAACUCGGCCUGUUUCCACAUGGUGGCUUCGCAGCUCGGCUAUGGACGCAUUCAAAGAAAGAAGCGUUACGUGGCAUAGUUUAUUGCUUCCUGCCUCUCCCAGAGGACUACACUAAACUACCAGUUCAUGUCAAUGGUCAUUUUGCUUUGGAUAACAGCAGACGAGGUCUUUGGAAGGAUACCGAUGGAAGGGGACCAAAGUGUAAUUGGAACCAAUUCAUGAAAAUCUAUGUGUUACCACCCGCCUAUGCAGCAUUGAUCAGGGAAUCUCGUAACCAUCUUUGCAAUGAUGAGGCUGACAACCAACUUUCACGUUAUCAUGCUUUGUUCCCGAGUGUGGAUAAGUCUUCUUGGAGGACUCUUACAAUUGGGUUGUAUCGGUACCUGGGGCAAACAAGAGCUGAUGUUUUACCAUUGCUAGUUCCAAUUAAGUCUGAAAACGAAGGAACCACCAGCUUUUCACAUAAACUUCCGGAGAGAAGCUUGUCUCCUUUUGUUCGACUAAUGACCUGUAUGAAGAAAACGGAUACUUCUGAACCCAAGGACGUUCAGGUUACCUGUACUGGAUGGCUAUCAGCUGGCCAAGCAUACUUCAAGAGUUCUCUUGAAAGGGAUGUUUUUUUGCAUUUGUUGAUAAGAAUUGGCCUUCCUGUUUUGCUUCACGCCCCACGGCGGAUAUACAAUGGUUUUAUAUCAGCUUGUGUAAGUUCGCAUGAACUACGUCCUGCAAGCUUCAUUACUUUCCUAAGAGAAUUCGAAUGGAGAUGGUCUACCUGCAAGAUUGCCAAUCUUCCGAAAAAACUGGAAACUACCGCGAUCAACAGUGUCCCAGAGUUGUUGGCGUUGAUAGAGUAUUGUUGCGAACUGGAUAAUUUCAGCAAAAACCUAGAAGGUCUACCUUUGCUUCUAACACAAGACGGCUAUCUAAGAGUCUUUGAUUCAUGUCACCCUGUGUUCCGUUCUAAAUUCGGAGAUCUUUUCCCAACGCAGUUACACUUGUUUGUUCACUCUGAAAUCAUCCAUCAAAUCCCCUGGAACGCAACUCAAUCAAAAGAAAACGUCGUUCGCAAAUUUACUGUAAGAGACCUUGCAAGCUUGCUGCCAGACGUGUUCACAGACAAAGUGUUAAGGGCUAUCGAAGAUGAUGCAAUAUGGAAAUUCCCAGCCGAAGGAAUACUAUCUGAACAAUGGUUCAAACGAUUUUGGGACUUCUUGGUAAAUUACGCAAGGCCUGAGCCUAAUAAAAAUUUUGUCUCCUUAAAAUGUCUAUCAGAAUGGCCCGUGAUUCCCACAAAGUGUGGAAAGCUUGUAAUGAUCAGGGACGCAAAAACUGUCUUGGAUAUGACAACAUCUGGAACCGAGUCUGCAGAGCAACUAAACGUGCGCGAAUUCUUGAGUAAUUUGAAAUGCCCAGUGUUGAAUAACAACAUCACUUUCGAUGACGAACAUUCCAGUGCUACUAAUCAUAUUUCCGAAGACGAUACUACAACAGACAAAUUUAGCAAAAAGGGUCUGGAAAGGAAAACAGCUGUCACUGAUCGGUAUGUAGCACACCCUCACAAUGUUGUUGACGUCUUGACAGUCCUGCAUCAUAUGUUGAGGGUAAGCAAGCUGAACCUCUCAGGAAUACAGGAAGACGAAAUUCGCAAUUUUCUCCACUUCGUGCAAGAUAAUUACAAAAGGUCGGGGCUGUUGGAACAAUGCAAGAAAAUGGUAAAGGGUUUACCGUUCCAUAAAGCAUUGGAUGGACAGUUUGUGAGUUUAAUCGAUCAGUGUUCUUCGUAUGCUCUCAUUCCUUCUGGCGUUCCAACACAACAGUUAGAUGAGCUUCAAAAGCGAGCUAAAUGUUUUUUCCUGAACUCUGAUGCUUUACCUGCACUUGAUAAACUUUACAGCGACCUUGGUGUUAAAGCUGGUCAAGAUGUCACGCAGUUUUACGUGGAGUAUGUCUUCAAACAUUUCAGCAUGUUUACUAGAGAAAGCCAAAUAAGACAUCUGGAAUACAUCCGAGAUAAAGUCUACCCAUUUCUUCCUGACAACAAUAUAUUACUUGAAAGUAUGACUGAAAGUCCCUGUAUUCCUGGCCAACAUGGUGAUCUUCAUUUCGCGCGGGAAUUCUUCGAUCCGGACAACGAAAUGUUCAAAAUGUUUGAAGAUGAUUACGAUAUGUUCCCUCCUUCGCCUUUCAACAAUAAAGAUUGGUUACGUCUGCUUUAUGAUAUUGGACUGCAAGUUAAUAUCACUCCUCAGUUAUUCCUACAAUUUUGUACGACGGUUGCCAAGGUUGGAAAGGAGGAUUCUAGUAACCAACGGAACCGCAAACGAUCUGAAGUACUAGUAAAGUGUUUGUUUUCUGAGGAAACCUUGCAAGAUGAGGAAUUUCUAUCUCGGGUAUCGCAAAUCAAAUUUAUUGGUCCAGGUAAAGUGGAUGAAGAAUUAACCUCAAUACACGAGCAGUAUCAGUGUACGGGAAACGGCUGUCCACCUUAUAUUCAAUUCAGUAAUGCAGUGCCGUGGUGUUUAAGAUAUCUAGCCUGGACAACUGUUCCCAUACUCCCCGAAUGGGCAGAACUACAGCCUAACAAUAUGGCUGAAUUGAAAAACCUUGGCAUCGCUUGCUCUGGACCGGUGUAUACCAAAGUUAUCGACCAUAUACAGAACAUAGUUAACUCGAAUAGUGCUGACUCGGUUGAUAGUCAACUCUUACAUGAAAUAACCAAGUCAAUUUACCAAUUUCUAUCGGAUGCCACGCAAUGCAGCGGUCGCAGUCUACAUGAAGGGUGCACUGAAGUUUGUGUCGAUAUUGGUAUUCGACUAAAGAGUGUUCCAUGCAUAUUUUUAGAAGAAGAUGAAACUUUUGUGAGAGCAGAACAACUGGUGUUCAAACUUUCUGAAAACACCCCUUUGAAACCAUUCCUCUAUCCUGUACCCCGGGAAUUUGGAGAGUUGGAACAUUUUCUCAAACGACUUGGCGCAACUGAGAAGCCAACACCGUUGCAGGUUGCUUGUGUUCUCAAUUCUAUACACAAUGAAAUCGGAGAAGGGCAGCUAUCUAUUGAACUGGAGAAGAAAGUCAAGUAUGCCAUGCGUGUGCUAUUUGAAUUAUUUUACAGGGGCAAAAGUGCUGACGGAAUAAAUGAUUUGUAUUUACCAAAUCAAAGUAAACAGCUUGUCAGUUCCUGCAAAAUGGUUUGCAAAGUUUCACCACGUUUUACAGAAAUGAUGGAAAACCUUCAACGUCCGAUUCUGCUUUCAUUCGAAGAGUGCGGACUUAAAAAGAUCGCUGAUGAUUAUAUCGAUGCUUUACCAGAGCAUUUACGUCCUGUGAAGAUUGAGGAGAUUGUCCGAGAAGAAGUAGAUCCCGAGUGCAAGAUUUCCAUCUGUUCCGAGACCCAGCAUGGUUCCAUUUGUGAAUUCCAACAACAAUUUCAGAAUCUUUUGCGAUCAGAUGAGUUCCAGGAAGGGCUUAAACGGUUACUGAUGGAAGAUCACCAAGAUCCUCAAAAAUUUGAGCAAAGAAUAAAGAAACUGCAGACAGAUGUUCAAACCAAGUGCACAGGAUUGGACAACAUAAAGAUUCAUGUUAUCGACCGUGAUACCAAUGAGGUCCUGGAUUAUUUGAUAGACAGUUGUUACGCAAUAGAGAGUGAAGAAACAUGGAUUUUGUACAUGCAACACAACUUUAAAGAUGAUAAAAGAUUGGUCUCAACAGUUACCUGUGUUAACAAGAUCCUAGGAAAUUUUAUCCGACACGAAAAGGGGCUGAUUGCAAUGUUAGACUGUCCUUCUCCAAGAGAAAUUUCAAGAGAGUUGAAUAAACUUAAUAUUACUUCAAGGACUUCCAAAGCAACUGAUGAUUUCACUGACCUUGACGAAGAAAUUUUGGAAUGGGAUAGUGAUGAUGAACCUGUGAAAGGAGGACGUGAUGGAUUUGUUGGAUCUGGUGGGACGGGAACGAAUAAUGGUGGAAGUCACGGGACCAGCAGGGGUAAGGGUGGUAGUGCAAGUUUUAAUGGUGUUGGAUACGGCGUCGGUUAUCGUGGUGGCGGUGGUGGUGGUGGACAUUCAAGGUAUGAUAUGUAGUUUAAUUAUUUUGAGGUGUUUUGAAAUGUUAUAGAAAUUGCGAACGUGAAAUACAGUUUCAAAGGAAACAUAUUAAGUGAACAGUGGAUGUGUCUGUGCAUAAUGGUUAGUUUAUGCACCUUGCACCUCUGUGGUCGGAAUUGGAUUCCUGCAAAAUGCAGUUAUUAGAUUAUCAUUUCGCCGGGUGGGAUUCGGUUUGGGAUUGAAAGGAUUACGUGCGUGUAUAAAAUAGAACGAUUCAAAAAGUAGUUGUCAUUGUUGUUUCAAGAUAAUUAUAUUAUUAAAGUAAAGUCGGCGAGGAGACCUCAAGAAGCUUAGAGCUUGUGUAAAGAGGUCACCCAAUCUCAAAAUUCAGAGUUAGGUAUUUAAUUGAUCAAUAGUUUGAGGCUGUAUUAAAUAACAAACAUAAUGAAAUUGAAACAUAAUGAAAUUAAGAGAGAAGAUUUACAAAAUUUUAUAAUAGAUUUUCUAAUAAUUUUAUGUAUUGUUACUGAAUAUUCGUUAAGCAAAAAAUUACGAAGUUGGCGUUUUGAAAGAAGAGAUUGUGUUUAUAACAAUUAUAUUUAUAGGUAAGUAAUUUCAAAUAUUCGGUCCUGAGUGUAAAAUGGUGAACUUCUUACUAUUAGUUCGACAAGCAUUAGUUCGACAAGCAUGCAGAUCUGGUGUUAUAACCAUGUAUUUGAUUAUUUGUUGUAAACAAUUCAUCAAAGCAUGUCGAAACAUGCAAUGAUGAUAUAAAAACAUAAACUUACUAAUAUGCAAUUAUUUAUCUUAAAUAUAUCCAAUAUUUUGAGUUGUAUCCUCGUUUCGGUGCUUAUUGCACAUUUUGAAGGAAGGGCUAUAUUUUCACCUGCAUGAAUUGUUUUCAGUCUUACACUUUUACUACAGUUAUUUAUCAGCCUGGUAAUGCAUAAAAUAUAAAAUAAUGAAAAAUUGUGAUAGCUUGAAUCGGUCAAUAGCUGUAUUUAAACAGUAGUUUUUAAUAAGAUGGAAAUUGGUCUUUAAAUGUUUUUCUACAUAAACCUAUUCCAGGAUUAGAGAUGAAGGUGAAGAAGAAAGAUUUUAUUCAAAGAGCUGCAAAGAAGCGACGCGCUGGCUAGAACAAUCCAAGAGUGAUUUACAAGGUGCAAGAUGGUUACUUCAAUCUGGUCCGCCUUUCAAUGCUCUGGCCUGUUUUCAGAGCCACCAAGUUGUGGAGAAAUGCUUAAAAGCCAUGUUAUUUUACUACUGUGGUAUCUCUGGUGGAUUGCUUGGCUCUCACGACGUGCUAGAACUAGCUUCCAAGCUAAGAGAAGAAAUAAAAAUACCGGAGGAAGAAGACAUGCAGUCUGUGAGAAAAGUUGCAAAAUAUUACCUACCUACUCGGUAUCCCAACCGCCAACCAUUCGAUGUCGUUCCAGCUGAAGCGUUCAGCAAGAAUGAAGCAGAAAUGGCGGUUGAUGCAGCCUCGAAAGUGCUGGAACUUGUUGAUGAAUACUGUUUGGAAGAAUAAAAAAGAAGAUUUGAAUGGUUUCUGGUUUCUAUGUAGUCUUAACGGUCGUGAAGAUCGAGUCACAAUCUUUCGCAACAGCCGAAAUACAACAGUUUAGAACUGAAAAUAGGCAGAGUGAUUAGUAAUGAAGAGUACUUAUGAUUUAUAUGUAGUUUACAGUUAAAAAACUGUUAUAAUCUAGCCAUUGAGAAAGAUCGUGUCUCUAUCUUUACGACCGUUACGACCAUAUGGAAACCUUGCUUAACUGACAAGGGACAAAAUCUUUUAACUGACAAACGAUGAUUGAAUCAACAUGAUUUUAUGGGUUUUUGACAUAGUAAAAGUACGUUUAAAUGCUGCGAUUUGUCGUGUACAAUUUGUAUUCUGGCGUAUGUAGUCGAAUAAGCACAGGUAAAGUAGCUGCAUUUUAAAUUUCGCUGUAAACUAAACGAAGAGGAAUAAACCUUACCGAUUAUUCUCUUUGGCCUCGUUUUCAUGUCAAAUAUUUACUCAUGUUUUGUGCUUAGUACGGUUGAAAAUUACUUUGUUAUUGAGCCUAAGAACAGCAAGAAACAAAUUCGUCCAGGAAAACGUGGGAAUAUAAUCUUUAUCUGCCCCUGACAUGCUAAAGUAAGUUAACAUGGAAACGAGGCCAUUGGGUAAAAGAGAAUAAUCGGUAAGGUCUAUUGUGGCGUCUGCAGUAAUUUUCAUAUGUCAAAAUACGAAUAGUUACACGACAAAUCUCGGCAGCAUGUAGUAAUUAACUGAACUUUAGUUGAGAACUAAUAUUUAAAAUUCUUUAUGGUCCAAUUAUUAGGAGGUGUUUAUAUGAGCCCUACAUAAAGGACAGCACUCCGCCCUAUAAUAGACCUUUCCCCUUAUGACCAAAAUUUUUAUUUAGGCAAGUCAAGACAAAUAUUUCAUCACAGCUUGAAAGAGCAUCACAAAAUUAGUAAUAUUCCAAAGUUUCGUUGCGAAAUGUUGUAAAAUGAGGAAAAUAGAGCCUUGCGAAGUUUGCAAUUUUCAGUCAUUUUGCAUUACAAACGGCGAAAUUGCAGCCCCAACACCCGAAUCGGAUGUCAAUUUCCCGUUUGUAAUACAAAAUGACUGAAAAACGGCAAACUUCGCAAGGCUAUAUUAUCCGCAUUUUACAAGAUUUUGCAACAAAACUUUGGAAUAUUACUAAUUUUGUGAUGCUCUUUCAAGAUGUGAUGAAAUUUUUGUCUAGAUCGAGAUUUUAGUUAUAAGGGGAAAGGUCCAUUGAAUUCCCUGGAAAAAUGUUUUCAUAUUAAUAUGAAAGGGGGCCAGCUCCCAAAGGCGAGAUUUCGCUUUUGACUUCCCCGUAGUAGUAGAGCUGGAAAUCUCCCAUAUAAAUGCAACAGGAGGGGCUGGCCAUCCCUUCCUAGGAGGGCUGAGUAUAAAACUCGCCUAGCCUAUUUGUGUCAAACUCAGCUUUUCGAUUCAAAUAUUUAGUCCGUAGAACAAUAUUAAAUUGUUUGUUGGUUAUAUUACUCGAAAAUCUGCAACACAAAAUAUGAUUUUGGGCCUCACAAGAAAAUAAAUUAAGGCUGAUUUCCAUCAGGGAGGAACGAACCAGACUCGGCAAGAGACUGGUUUAUCUCGUGCGCACACUGGGUGAAAUCAGCUAAGGUUGGCAGGGCUAACCCUUCAUAUAGGGUUCGGGUAAACACACACUUGAUAGGAAUGAAUACAAAUUAAAUUAGUAUAUAACCAACUAAUUUAGAAGGUUAGGUGCAGGGCUGUUGACUUUCGUGACUGACACAUGGAUAUUCUUGUUGAAUUACGUUCAAAUAGUGUCUUGGCGUCAGCGGGCAGAAUUCACAUUAAUAGAAGAUUCACUAGAAUUUCUCAGUUGUCUGCUUUACAUUCUUGCACAAGGAACCGAUUUCAAUCUGUCUGGAAUCGGUGGUGCAUUAGCGAAAAUUUCAGAAUAUUCUGCAGAAGUUCAUAUGUCCUUCAGGCAUUCCACAAAUAUUAAUAUAUAGAAGAAUCUACAUGAUACUGUUUACACAACUCUUUUCAUUUAAAAAAAAUUCCAAGCAUUGACAUGAGUGCUUUUUGACAAUGCUUAUACUUCGGCUCGUUACCAAUGAUCGAACUUUAAUACCAAAGGUAACUCUCUCCAAAAAUCAUUCUUAGAAAUGUAAUGGGUAUUCCGAAUUUUUUGCUCAUCAAGUGAUUGUGACGUAGACAUACGUAGAUAGAUAUAUAGUUGUGGUAGAUAUCCAGGCUUUUUAAUUUUUGUAAAUUUGAACUGUAUGUCUGUUAUAUCAGUACUUUCUGAGAAAUUACCCACUGUUCAAUUAUAUGCCCACUCCUUUUACCCGCUCCUAAUAGAUCACCCCUCAGUUCAUGCAUGGAUGUGUGAGUUCUGUCUAAUUUUGACCCUAUUUUUAUAUUCAUCGUCAUAAAC